AUCACGCCGGCAUUUAAAAUAUUCGGUUCCUGCUUUUUAUGCCUGGAGAAUGUCCCAGACCCUUCAAAAAAGUAGAGUUCCUUUUUAUAAUCUUCUUGUAAAUUCGUCAUGUUUAGAACCUCAUUACGUUCUUUGUAUACCCGAGGAAACCUUGGAUCCAAUGUGUGUAGAAAAAACAUUUCUAAAUCAACAUUUGACAUGUCUAUUGAGAGCAAGUGUUUAAGAAACCCUGGACAAAGCCCUUUACAACGUAGACUUUAUGCCAGUCAUCAACAAAAGACACAAGGAGAACAGAGAGAUAAUACUUCUGGAGGUAUGUAUGCAGCCUCCAUUUUUAUUGCCAUGGUAGGCGUAACCUAUGCUGCUGUACCCCUUUACCGUUUAUUCUGCGCCAAUACAGGGUUUAGUGGUACACCAGUGAUUGAUCCCUCUCGUUUUGGAGCCGAACGAUUAGUGCCUCAAGAUAAGGGUGAUCGUAAAAGAAUCAGAAUCACUUUCGAAUCCAACACAUCUGACUCUUUACCGUGGACAUUUAAACCCGAAGUACGAGAAGUAUAUGUUGUGCCUGGUGAGAGUGCCUUGACCUUUUACAAGGCCAAAAGUAAAGCAAAGGAAGACAUCAUUGGUGUUGCCACUUAUAAUGUCACACCUUAUCGUGCAGGCUCAUAUUUUAACAAGAUCCAGUGUUUCUGCUUUGAAGAACAAAAAUUACAACCCGGGGAGGAUGUCGAUAUGCCUGUCUUCUUUUUUAUUGAUCCCGAUUUCUUGGAUGAUCCUUUAAUGAAGGAUGUGAAUACAAUUACUUUGAGUUAUACAUUCUUCAACACAAAGCAGGCAAAAGGAUUGGCCCCUGCUCAACCUGCUGCCAAAGCAUAGAUUUUAUAUACUGU